GUGCUUAGGGCUGCCGUCGGGUAUGUCGUUGGCUGCGACCGUCUGUGUGGCUGUCAUUGAUCCUUCCCUUCCCUAGUCCUGGCGAUCUUGCUUCUUCCAUCUUGAGCUUGGGCCCUGGCCUUGCCUUUCUUUCGUUGUCAUUGUUUUCUUUUCCAUCUUAGGGUCUGGUCGCACCCUACCUUUUCCCCAUCUCGGGCGCUCUGGACGUCUCGACUGGCUCUGCGAGCCUCGCGGCCUUGUUUUUUUCUUUUCUGCACCUGUGUAUGCAUUCUCUUCUUCCCGCCCGUUGAUCGUUCUUUUUUCAUUGUUGUUUAUACCGACUCCUCCCCUUGUGCCGACCGGGUAUGCAGAGCGAGACAAUCGAUCUGGUACAAGGCAUUCUCCCUUGAUAACACCUCAACACGCACCUCCCUGGCUGCAAGAUAUUGCAGGUCUGGAACAGAGAGCGCGUUAAUCUCCACUGAAGACACACGAGCGAAUAUCUACGAGACGAAAAGGACAGCGCUCGCCACACUCGAAGCGUCCGAACGCUCACGACUCGAAUGCAUUGCGCCUGACUUGGCGAAUCGAACCUUUGUAACAACGACGACACCUCAUUCGCGCCCUAGCAAACAUGGACUCUAUCAGGGUAAUCCUGCGCCGCAACGGUCCGGCGGACGAUGUCGAGCGCCAGCAGGCCCCAGCUCUGGCCGCCAGCACGGUCAGCAGCUCUGCGCCCAGCUCGGCACCGGACUCGCCGCGCCCGAGGCAGGAGAUGGAGGAGCGCGCAGCUGCCAACCCCCGCUUCCUCCACCGGCUCUCCAGCUUCUCUCGCCCCGCGAUCCCCUCAUUCUUGAGCAGGCGCUCGAGCGUGGCCGCCCAGCAGAAUGCCCAGGGCGGCGCCGCGUACGCCCAGUACGCCCCUCGUCCCACGAGCAGCCACUACUCGGACGAGCCGCUCUCGCCCAAGUCGGCCAACUUUUCCAUCAACAUGCCUCAUCUCCCGUCGACGAGGCUCCACCUCCCGAACCUCACGAGGACGUGGACCCAGGGCUCGAACGGACCCCCCUCGCGCCCGACAACAAGGCAAGGCGAGGCCCCAGCGCUAGUGCCUGUGCGCAGGCCAGGCUCGGCUGGCUCCAUGAUCGGAGGACCGAUGUUCCCCGAGCUGGCCCAGCCCCGCCCGGCCGUGCACGCCGCCCACGUCCCCGGACACGCCAGGGGAGGAAGCUCGGGAUCAGGGCUCAGCGCCGCCGACCCGGCGGAGCAGCACCUUGCCGACCUCGCCGGCACCGGCCGGGACAGGAGGAGAAGGCGGAGGAGGCACCACCGCAACGGCGACAGCAGCGGCGGCAGUAGCAGCAGCAGCAGGCGGGAGGGCGAGACGGAGGAGGAGUACCAGCAGAGGAGGGAGGCCCGCCACAGACGUCGUCAGCGCCGGCGGGAGCAGGAGCAGGGGCAGCGACCCACGCCGAAGUACUUCCUAUUCUGCUUCCCCUGGAUUCAGUCGAAGCGCAUCCGCAACCAGAUCCUGAAGUGCUUCGUCUCGGGUAUCUUUCUUAUCAUGCUCCUGACAGUUUACCUGUCGCUUUCCCUAACGAAGAACAUCAACUCUAAUGAGUUCACGAUCCUGCUCAUCCUCAUCAUCCUCUUCGCGACCAUCUUCUUCUGCCACGGCCUGAUCAGGCUCUGCAUGUUCCUGAUCAAGCCACCACAGGAGCACGACGAGGAGCGGCGCCAGCAGGAGGCGCUCCAGCAGCGGGCCGCCAUGUCGCAGCUUCACAACCCCGGCGGCUACGCGGUGCCGCGCGAGCCGAUCCGGGUCGUCCUGGCGCGAGACGAGGAGGCGGCCGGCAUCGAGAGCGAGACCACCAAGCUCCAGCCCCCGGCGUACGGCAUCUGGCGCGAGAGCAUCAGGGUCGACCCGGACCGCAUCUACUGGCAGCGCAAUUCGGAGGCCCGGCCCGAGACCUCGUCCUCCCGCGACGAGCCCGAGGACGGCGGGGCCGGCCUGCGCGGGGGCGGCGGCGGGGGCAGCGGCGGGGGCACCCGUCGACCGCCCUCGUAUGCUUCGGACGACGGCGUGUCCUACAUCGUCGAAGCGCGGCCCCGAUCCAUCGCGCCCACCGCAGCGAUGAACAUCCCCUUGCCCCAGCACCCUUCAGAGGCCGGGCGACUAGCGCUGCCACCGAGCUAGUGAGCUUGGAGGCAGGGGAGAUAACACGAAAACGGGGUGUACCUGCCUGGCUUAGCAGAGGUGGCAGUGAUCAUUUUCCACCCUUUCGGCGGAUUUUGCUUUGUCCUGUAAAACAAUCGUAGAACGGCGCAUCUGGCGGGGGGGAUUUUUGCAUUUUCUUAUUUUUCUUAUUUUUCUUUUCUUGUACUACUAACAAGGGAGUCCUGGCCGGCAUACCCAUCUAAUCAUGUGCGGCAUUUUUUCAAAGAUCGCCCUUCAUCUACAUGAGUAUCUCAUAUGUACACUUGCGAUGGUAAUCCCCGGGCAGUCCUAGAUACUGGCCUGAUAUUUUUAUACGGGCCGCAAUAAAAGGGGUGUUGAUAGUAUAUCCACAGCCCAUAAAGUAAUGGAGGUAGUGGGUGCCG